AUAAACCCCGCGAGCGAAGAAACAGAGAUAGACCUUGCGAACGUUAGAAAUUCCUUGCCUUCACCUAACCCUUCCAAGCCGCCGCUUUGGAUGAUCGAGGAUUUCCAUGGCGAUUACUCCCCGAGUAAAGGAGUACUUACCUCCGAGCGGAUCGAAGCCUCCGCCUGCCCGGAGGCUGCAUAACUUCGCCUUCCCCACUCGUAGCUGGGGCGGCCAGCGCCACCUCCGCUGCUCCAACCACCCCUUCUCCCAUAGCGUACGCAACGAGGAAGUGGAGGAUCCCGCAUCCGAUCGGAUCGGACGAACGGCGGGGAUCCGCCUGCCAGCCUCUCCGGGCAAGAUCUCGCCGCCAUCGACGAAGGCUGGAGGAGAGGAGGCAGCGGAGAGAAGCAUUUACCCUUCGGUUCCAACGGUGGCCGAGGCGGCAAGGCCCUGGAAUCUGAGGACGCGGAGGGCUGGUUGCAACGCUCCGGCCGAGGAUCGCGCUCCUACCUCGGAUCCAUCUUCUUCCCCUUUGCUAAACGAUAAGAGCGCGCCGCGGGAAGCGGCCAAGCGAGGGAGAUCAGAUGGAGAGGAUAUGUGGAAAUUCUCAAUCUCUCUGUCCCGUGAGGAGAUUGAACAGGACUACCUGGUGUUUAAAGGAACAAAGCCCCCUCGGCGGCCGAAGAAGAGGCCUAGGAUCGUGCAGCAGCAUCUCGAUUAUUGUUUCCCAGGUUUAUGGUUGUCCGAGAUAACUCCUCGAUCCUACAAAGUCGACGAAUAAGGGGUUAGAGAUCGUUGAUGAGGGUUCUAGUUCUUAAAGAAACUUGUAAGAGUUCAGUUAACAAUUGUUCCCCAAUUUCUGUAUCUUGGUUAAUUUUGUUUCUUCAAAUUUAUUGUCAUUCUGUAAAAGCUAGAAUUCAAAUUAUUGAAGUUUCCAUUUGAUCUCGA